CCAACAAGUUGUUAGGACGAUUAGACUUGCUAUAAGUCAUUUGUUAUAACUAGACAACAUCUGGGUCAUCAGGUUUCUUUUCUUUCUAUUUCCUGGUCCUUUCGGGAGGCAUUUCAGUAUCAUCAUCAGCAUGGCGGAUACAGAACUACAGUCUGGAGUUUCCAAAGCUGCUAAGAAGAACAAGAAAAGGAGAAACAACAAGAAACCGGCACAAAGCGAGGGCCGCGUGUCAGACUGGGGUGACAGCACACCACAUGACGACCCUCUGGAAACACUGAAAGAGAAACUGGCUGAAGCAAAGGCGAAACAGGACCAUCCUCUAGCCUCCAAACUCAGACAACAGAUAUGGCUUCUACAGGACGACGCAGCUGGUGUGAGGCCAGAACUAGACCCACAGAUCCUUGCCUCUCUGGACACAAAUCUGCCCAAGAAAGCGGAGAAGAAGGUUGAAGUAGAAGAAAAGCCAGUCUCGAGCUCGGCCGGUUCCUCGGUAGACAAGCAGCUGAAAACCCUCAGGAAAAAGUUACAACAGAUCGAGAAACUGAAGCAAAGGAAGGCUGGUGGGGAGAAACUAGAAGCAAAUCAGAUGGCUAAAGUGGAGAAAGAACAAGAAGUCCGAGAUGAGAUAGAGGAGAUUGAGCUCCUGAUGAGGCAGGCAGCACUGGGACUGCUGUGAUGGGGAGGCCUGGAUAAAGCCCUUUCCUCACUAAGGACCUUUUACUACUAAGGACCUUUUUGUACUAAGGCCCUUUUUCGACUAGGAUAAAAUUGUCCGUAUCGACCCAAAUAGAGUGCUUUUGGCGACCGGCUUUGAUCUGGUCAACUUUAUCUCAGCAAUACCCAGCGAGAUGGAUUGUUUCUGAGCCAUGCUAAGCCGAACUGAGCUGGAUUGGGAGCGUUCACACCGGGGUAAAGUUGACAGGAUCGAAGCCAGUCACCAUUCCCCGCUGCCGCCAAUCUAUUCAGCUUGAUCUGGACAUUUUUAUCCUAGUACAAAAAGGGCCUAGUAGGAUGCAAUAAUAAAUACCAAAUGGUAACACCAGUGCCAAAUCUGAGAUACAUUCCUCUGUUUGCCUGGAAUAGAUUGAAGUGAAAUGACAAUGCCUAACUCUACUCACAUUUUGUUGCAUUACAAUCGUACAAACUUAUGGUGAGGAGGCACCUUCUGAAUACUAAAGGCUGAAUAGCGAAGGAAGUAGUGUAGUCCAAGCACCCAAAUAUCCAAUAAUACACUUGUGUAUUUUUCUAAUGCCCCCCUUUCAAAUACAUUAACCUCACUAAUAUUGAAGAUAAUAUUCUUAAAGCCAACAUUACAAAUAUGCAAGUUUUAGAUGUCAGCUUUAGUUUCUUUUGUAACUAAAUGUUUCAUAAAUAGACUUGACAACUCAAGGACACAACAGCAAAAAUAGGCAAUAUCUUACUAUUUUAUUACAACUCAGUCAUAGUCAUACAGAGUGUGUAUGCUUGGCCCUUUUGCCAUGGGCAGGCCUCUGAAUUCUUUGAUAUGUCUCAAAAAUUAACACUGUAACAUCAAGUGUAAGCAGCAAAAGCAAGAUACACCUGUACAAGUAUAUAUCAUUCCUUUUAUACGUAUCUUGUGCUUAGUUUAUGAUAUGAGAAUUAUGAUAUGUGGCACUGAAUAUGAUAUGUAACACGUAAACUUUUUUCAUUAAAAAUAUUUGGAGGUAACAUAGUACUAGUAUAUAAAAUCUCUGAGUCUGACUAGUACUAUUAUUAAUCAAAUAUUUACAAACACUGAUUCAUUACAACUAUAAAAUUGCAGCAUUUUUCUAACAUUCCAGAAACUGGAUGAAAUUUGAAGAACAAAACUACAAAGGACGUAAUUUACACAACAGUUUCCAUAGAA